AUGAACAUAGUCGUGACUGGAGCUGCGGGAUUUUUGGGAUCCCGAAUCGCAGAUGUUUUACUUUCUAAGGACGCACCAGUGUCUGUCGCGAAAUUAAUUUUAGUGGACAGUGUCAAACCUUCGAAGUACAAUGACGUACGAGUCCAAAACAUCGCCGUCGAUCUUAGUGCUGAGAACGCUGCGGAACAGGUCAUACCACCUGGCACCAAUAUCGUCUUCCACCUUGCCGCAGUGGUAAGCGGUCACGCUGAAGUGGACUUCGAUUACGGGUUGCUAGUCAAUUUUGACGCAACCCGCGCACUAGCGGAAAGAGCACGCAAGCUCAAGGACAUAUGUUUUAUUUUUACCAGCUCUUGUGGCGUCUUCGGCGGUGAUCUUCCCGGUGUAGUCGGUGAUGGAACCGCUACUCAGCCCCAAAACUCCUAUGGGACAGCGAAAGCCAUGUGCGAGCUGCUGCUAAAUGAUUAUGGGCGGAAGGGUUACGUGGACACAAGGAUUGUCAGAUUACCCACAGUCAGCGUGCGGCCUGGAACACCAAAUAGAGCGGUCACGUCUUUUGCUAGCGGAAUUAUUAGGGAGCCACUCAACGGACUGCCAGCUGUGUGCCCUGUCGACGAAGAUCUGGAGUUAUUGCUGACAAGUCCAAGUACAGUCGUGAGGAAUAUAAUUCACGCGGCGAUUGUACCCAGCGACCUCUUGGGCGCGUGGCGGGUGAUUAAUUUACCUGGAAUCUGCGUGACUGUACGCGAAAUGAUAGACGCAUUGCGGGACGUGGCCGGGGUGGAGGUCGCGAGCCUGGUGCGUUACGAGCGUGAUGACUUUAAGUCGCGCAUCGUCGCCAGCUUUCCCGGCAAGUUUGAUAAUUCCCGCGGCUUGAAGUUAGGCUUCGCGGUGGAUGAAAGUUUCCAAGAUAUUCUCCGUCUGUAUAUUCGCGACGAUUUGAAGCGAGAGAUAGCUUGA